CGUCCCUUUUCAUCUUUUCUUCCUGUAAUUAAUUGCCAUAAAGACUAUUAUAAACAAUUCCGUCGCAUAAGUGUGUUUUUGUCAUUUUGACACCAAAAGACAAAUUCGAUCGUUUUGUUUUUCACACUGUCGUCUCCAAAUUCGCCACUUCUUCUUCUUCUUCUUCUUCUUCUUCUUCUUCUUCUUUCUCUAUACAAUACAAAUAAAUUGGAAGGAGAAGCUCUCAACGAAGAAUCUGCUUAGAACAACAGUUCCUUCACGAAAGAUUUCAUGGCGAAUUCUGGCGCAGAGAAGUUGAAGCUCUAUUCUUACUGGAGAAGCUCGUGUGCUCAUCGCGUCCGUAUCGCCCUCACUUUAAAAGGGAUUGAUUAUGAGUAUAUACCAGUGAACUUGCUCAAAGGGGAUCAAUUCGAUCCAGUUUAUCGUUUUGAUUCUCGAGAUUUCAAGAAAAUCAAUCCAAUGGGUACUGUACCAGCGCUUGUUGAUGGAGGUGUUGUCAUUAAUGAUUCUUUUGCCAUUAUAAUGUAUCUGGAUGAGAAGUAUCCUGAGCCACCUCUGUUACCUCGUGACCUCCAUAAGCGGGCGGUUAAUUACCAGGCAAUGAGUAUUGUCUUGUCUGGCAUACAGCCUCAUCAAAAUCUGGCUGUUAUUAGGUAUAUCGAGGAGAAGGUAAAUGCGGAGGAGAAAACUUCUUGGGUUAAUAACGCUAUCAAUAAAGGGUUCACAGCUCUCGAGAAGCUAUUGGUGAGUUGCGCUGGGAAACAUGCCACUGGUGAUGAAAUUUACCUGGCUGAUCUCUUUCUAGCACCACAGAUCCAUGGAGCAAUCAACAGAUUCCAGAUAAACAUGGAACCUUACCCAACUCUUGCAAAGUGUUACGAGUCAUACAAUGAUCUUCCUGUUUUUCAAAAUGCUCUCCCAGAGAAGCAGCCAGAUGCUCCUUCCACCAUCUGAUUCCGUGAACCAUAAGCUACUCUCUCAGCUCAAUAAAACCGCGUAGUCAACAACAACAAUGAUGAUAAUAAUACCUUGUACUUAUAUAUGUAUCAUAAAAACAAGUUUACUUCUUAGCUCCUCUACUUGUAUUAUACAAUAAAGGUCACAGACAUUGAAAUUUGCAAAGAUAACAUAUAAAUUCUUAGAGGAA